AUGCUGUCCAGAGGCAAGGUAGCACCGGGCGAAUGGGCGCUACACCCUCAAACGGUUCAAGAGAUCUGGUCAGUCUUGGAGAGGGAACCAGGCCUGGUCCCCAGAGCUAGUGCAGCUCUCAGCAGCAGCCCUGUGGCCCAUUCCGCUGAGGAGGAACCUUCUCUCGCAAGCGAAAGAGGUAUAAAGGAUUUGGAGAAGGAUUCGGCGAAUAUGAGGACAAGCGCGAUGCUACUUGCGGAGGCGCGCGAGGAGAACGAGAGAGUGAACAGAGCACUGGAAGAUCAGGAAAAGGAGUUGCAGAUAAGGCGGGAGCGUUUGCGAGAAAGAGCGGACAAUGUGAAAAAAGACGAGGAGAAACUCAGGCAGUACAAACUGGAUACGGCGAAGGAGCUGCAAGAAAAUGAGGCCAGACGGUUACGUGCCAUACAAAAAACAAAGGAAGAGGAAGCUAAAAUCAAAGAGAAAGAAGAGAACAUUAAGAAACUAAUGACACAGUAUGAAGCCCUGCUGGCACAAAAAGAGCAACUGCACCAGCGUAAACUACUGGCCAAACUCCACCAGGAGAGCACUGCAAAGAUGUCUGGAAAGUUUGAGAACACUGGUCGACACCGUGACUGUCAUGGAGUGCAGUCCAUCAGAAAGGAAAUUCUAGAAAGACAAGCUAAUGAGAAAGAGACAGAGCACAAAAAGCUGGAACUGAUGAAGGACAUAAAGGAACAGCAAACUCGUCUCCUGCACUACACCAAACAACUGCAGCAGCAACAGACAGAGCUAGACAACAUACACUCAGAAACACACAAAUGGGAACUGAAACGGGAGGAGUUGCGUUCCACUGCAGAAAGAGAGGAGCUCCAGUACGCUCAGAUAAAGGUCAGGAUUCGUUCAAUUUAUCAAAUAAUCGCACCUUACUGGAGAGAGACUGUGGAUAUUGAGGACCCCUUCAAGCAACUGCAAUUGGUGAAUAAUGAGAAAUACUUCUGGCAUCCUUGA